UGCAUCGGGUCCAUCUGUAUAACUAUACUCACAAAAUACGGGGCGCUCAUCAGCAGUGUCACUUUUCUUCUGAUAGGGCUAUGUACUGACUAAACGGAACACGAUAAAGUGUUUUUUUUUCUGCCACGUUGUAUUCAACAUUUUUUACCUUUGUGGAUUAUUAUUGUUCUUAACAAAAAGCUCAUGAUGGAGGAGUCCAGCUCACAGAAACUGUUAUGGGAUGGAGACGCCAAGGCGGUACAACAGUGUUUAACGGAUAUUUUCACCAGUGUGUAUACAACUUGCGACAUUCCUGAAAAUGCCAUUUUCGGACCCUGUGUUUUGAGCCACACAUCUUUGUAUGACAGCAUUGCUUUUAUUGCCCUCAAAUCCACGGAUAAAAGAACUGCACCAUACAUCUUCAGGGUGGAUACUUCAGCAGCCAACAGCUCCUCCGAAGGCUUGAUGUGGCUGAGAUUAGUCCAGUCUGCAAGGAAUAAAGAGGAACAAAAUCUAGAAGCCUAUGUGAAAAAUGGACAGCUAUUUUAUAGAUCUCUGAGGAGGAUUGAAAAGGAUGAAGAGUUGCUGGUUUGGUAUGGUAAAGACUUGAUUGAGUUGCUCCUACUUAGUUCCACUAGAGCACAAGGAAAAAUGAAAGGGUCUCCUCCAUAUUUAUGUCCAGACUGCAGCCAGCGCUUUCUGUUUGAGUACCCUUUUCUGGCACAUUUGAGAUUCCGUUGCAGCAAGAGACUACAAAGCGUUAACAGUACAGAUGAGGAUUCUAAAGACCACACUAACCCAAGUGCACCAAGACCAAGUGCAAAACUAAACAGAUCUGAGGGAUACUCUAAUUUACAGGAUGGGAAACCAUCUACAGAUUUUCAUAAUUUAGCCAGGGAUCUUGAAAAUAACAGGUCAUCACCCUCAAGUGACCAAGAAGCUGAAAUUAGAAGUGAAAGCAACAAUAAAAGGAAAUAUUCAGAGGCGGAUGAAAGUAGAAAUGGAAACUUAUCACGAUCUCUUACCUCAAAAGAUGAUCUAGUAAGCACAUCACAACAAUACAGAGGAUCAUACGUAGGUUUGGAAGAAAACAGAAGGGUGUUUUCUCCCUCUAGUCCAGAACCCACAGAAAGCAAGAGAAGUGCUUUCACAGAGGUAAAAAAAGCCUCACAUAGCCUAAAACAAAAAAACCUGGGGCCUAACACAGAAAACAAGGACAGUGGCAGGCCCAGUGGUAGCCCUGCUGAGAAACACCUAAAUGUGAGACAGGUUUUGACAGAAACGCAACCCCAGUCCCGCAUAGAUAGUUCUUCAAUGGGAAGUGCUUUUACUACAGUACACCAACAGCUUGGUGGUUCUGUGGAGAGGAAAAGUGCAUUCAGUCAACCAACUCGAUCCUUUUCUCAGCUGUCACCUCUUGUGAUGACCCCAAAGCUUCUCCCAACGGUGGACUGCCACCCCUCCGUUGGGGACACCAUCUCAUCCAGCAGACUCUACCAGGCAGAUCACUUAGCUGCCAAGCUUCAAAGUUCAGAUCUCAGCAACAAUUGCACAGUGCAAGGCGGCAUUCCCAAACAAAGUCCAUUUCUUUAUGCUACAGCAUUUUGGCCAAAGACCUCUGGACCUAUUCAGUUGCAGAUGCCCUCAGCUCUCACACUCUUGCCCCCUUCCUUCACCUCGCUCUGUCUGCCUGCUCAGAACUGGUGUGCCAAAUGUAACGCUUCUUUUCGAAUGACUUCUGAUCUCGUGUACCACAUGAGGUCUCAUCACAAAAAGGAAUACUCAAUGGAACCUUUGGUGAAACGGCGGAGGGAAGAAAAGCUGAAGUGCCCCAUCUGCAAUGAAUCCUUCAGAGAACGCCAUCACCUCUCCAGGCACAUGACAUCUCACAACUAGCUUUGCAGGAAAAGCCAAUUUAACCACAGUUCAAACUGGGAUUAUUACAUAACUGGAAAAUUCUGAAUGCACACAUUUUCACUUUCAAAUGGACUUUUGUCACGUGUCAUGUUUCAAAGUAUGCAAUUGCAUUUUGUUAAAUGAAAUAUUUAUCAUAUGAAGCACUUAUGAGUUGGAACUAUGGGUAACCAUAAUGAUAUGUGUAAAUGUAAGUUUUAUUUAUAUAAAAAGUAAAUGAAUAAAGAUGUAGUUACAUUCUAUUGGUUUAUUAUUUAAUGAUUUUGAUGCUAAUGCAAAAAAGUUUAAAUGGUUGAAUCAAACAAGAUUCUGACACCAGACUAUAUUUGAGAGUGCAUGUAAUAUUAAAUAGAUAUGAAUUUCAAAUACAGUCUAUAUAGUGUAAAUACCUGUUUUGUUUGAAUACAAAAGUGUAAUAAUUUGUGUCAGUGAGAAAUAGUUUGAGUGUUUCUUUCUUUUGCUGAAAUUUACUAUACUUGAUAGUUUAUCUAAUCAUGUUGAAUGCUUUGGCAAUAAAAAUAGUUUUAUUUUCAU